AAAUGCUGCUUUUUUGUCUUUUUUAGAUGGAACAGCUAUCAGAUGAAGAACUUGAUCAUGGCGCGGAAGAAGAUAGCGAUAAAGAAGAUCAGGAUCUGGACAAGAUGUUUGGAGCUUGGCUUGGGGAGUUAGACAAACUCACACAGAGUCUGGAUACAGAUAAGCCCAUGGAGCCAGUGAAAAGAUCCCCUCUUCGCCAGGAGACUAAUAUUGCCAACUUCUCCUAUCGCUUUUCAAUGUACAAUUUAAAUGAAGCCUUGAAUCAGGGAGAAACCGUGGAUCUUGAUGCGCUCAUGGCAGACCUUUGUUCCAUUGAGCAGGAGCUCAGCAGCAUCGGGUCACAGUCUGCAAACAGCAUGUCAAUGAAACGCUUUGCCACAGAAGGAAAAAUGGCUCAGAAACCAUCUGGCGGCGGACGACUUGCUGCUAAACACAGUAGUAUGAAAGGAUUGUCCUCUUCGUCAUCUAGCCGGGUGACAAAGCCUUCACAUGCUAUCUUCUCCCUGGAUGACAUUACGGCACAAUUAGAGAAGGCAUCUCUGAGUAUGGAUGAAGCGGCACAGCAACCUAUAAUGGAAGAUAGCAAGCCUAUAGUUGCCACCCAGCAUAGGAGGACAGCCUCAGCAGGUACUGUGAGUGAUGCUGAAGUCCGUUCUAUCAGCAAUUCCUCCCGUUCCAGCGUCACAUCUGCAGCCUCCAGUAUGGACUCCUUGGACAUUGAUAAAGUGACAAGACCUCAAGAACUAGAUUUGACUCAGCAAGGACAGCCAGUUAGUGAGCAUAUUGUUUCUGUGGAACAUUCCAGCAAGCAAGCCAGACGUCGCAUUGACUUUUCUGAAGAAGAGGCUGAAUUGGCGCCUCAUUCCUAUUUGGACAGGGAAACCUCCCUUCUUCUGAGAAACAUUGCAGGAAAGCCUUCUCAUUUGCUGACCAAGGAGGAACAGGCUGCUAAGCUAAAGGCUGAAAAGAUCAGGGUUGCUUUAGAGAAGAUUAAAGAAGCACAAGUUAAAAAGCUUGUAAUCAGAGUCCACAUGUCAGAUGACAGCUCCAAAACAAUGAUGGUCGAUGAACGACAGACAGUAAGACAAGUGCUGGACAACUUGAUGGACAAGUCCCACUGUGGUUUUAGCUUAGACUGGUCUUUGGUAGAAACCAUCUCAGAAUUACAAAUGGAGAGAAUCUUUGAAGACCAUGAAAACUUGGUAGAAAACCUCCUCAACUGGACAAGAGACAGUCAAAAUAAACUUAUGUUUGUAGAACGUAUAGAAAAAUAUGCACUUUUCAAAAAUCCCCAGAAUUAUCUUCUAGGGAAAAGAGAAACCUCUGAAAUGGCAGACAGGAACAAGGAAGUACUACUGGAGGAGUGUUUUUGCGGAAGCUCAGUAACGGUGCCAGAAAUUGAGGGUGUAUUGUGGCUGAAGGAUGAUGGCAAAAAAUCUUGGAAGAAGCGUUAUUUUCUUCUGCGCGCUUCUGGAAUCUACUAUGUUCCCAAAGGAAAGGCGAAGGUCUCUCGGGAUCUUGUAUGCUUUCUUCAGCUGGACCAUGUAAAUGUUUACUACGGCCAAGACUAUCGGAAUAAGUAUAAAGCCCCUACAGACUAUUGUUUAGUACUUAAACAUCCUCAGAUUCAGAAGAAAUCUCAAUAUAUUAAAUAUUUGUGUUGUGAUGAUAUCAGAACCCUACAUCAGUGGGUAAAUGGCAUCCGUAUCGCUAAGUAUGGGAAACAAUUGUACGUAAACUAUCAAGAAGCCCUGAAAAGGACAGAAUCGGCAUAUGACUGGACAUCCCUCUCCAGUUCUAGUAUCAAGUCUGGAUCCAGUUCAUCUAGUUUGCCAGAAUCUCAAUCCAAUCAUUCUAAUCAAUCAGAUAGCGGAGUUUCAGAUACCCAAACAGGACAUGUCCGUUCUCAAAGUAUCGUUAGCUCCAUCUUCUCAGAGGCCUGGAAACGGGGUACCCAACUGGAAGAGUCUGGCAAAAUUAGCGCUAGAAUGGACUCAAUAAGUCGACCCUUUACUUCAGUCCCACCAGCUUUGUCUCCGCAGGCCAAAGCGACCCCCCUAUAUUCAGCUUCACAGCCAUCGCCUCCCCUUCCGCCCCCGCCCCCUCCUCCGCCACCCCCUCCUCCUCCGCCACCCCCUCCGCCGCCGCCCCUCCCCAGCCAGUCCAUGUCAUCGGGAGGUGGCUCAGCCACCGUGUUUGUGAAGUACAGCACGAUAACAAGGCUGCAGAACGCCUCUCAGCAUGGGGGGCUUCUCUUCAAGCCCCCCCAUAUAAUGCAGCAACCCCCACCAAUCCUGCCACCAGCUAAACCCCAGAACCCAGUGCCCCCUAAUGGCGUGGUCCCUCCACCGCCGCCCCCACCACCUCCCCCUACCCCCGGCUCAGCUAUGGCGCAGCUCAUGAAACCCGUGCCCUCCAUCCCGUCAGUGCCACAGUUCACGCCGCCACCCCCUCCUCCCCCUCCUCUCAAAAUCCACCAGAUUCAUCAGAAUAUUCCUCCGGCGCCAGCCGCAGCCCCUGCCACGCCGCCGCCUCCCCCGCCUAUGCCUGCGCCGCCACCUCCCCAAGCCCCUCCUAAGCCUGCCAUGACUCUGCCUACACAGAGCAGCUCAAAAGCCGCCUCGCCUGUCGCGGCUCUACCCACGCCACCUGCCCCUGCCCUGGUUCCUUCAGCGAUGAAGAAGCAGACGAGUUUUGCAACUCCGCAGGUUCCCCUGUCUCCUGUCCCGCUAGGCCCUCUCCCCCCGCCCACUUUGCCCAAGCAGCAGAGCUACUCCGGGAAACUCCCGCCCUCGCCGCAAUCCCCUGUGCCAUCGGUGGUGAAGCAAAUCGCCAGCCAGUUCCCUCCGCCUCCCAUGCCAGCUUCAGCUCAGCCUUUAAAGCCCACCCCUCUGAACGUGCCGCCGCAGUCUCCUCCGGCAGUCAAAGCCAAGCCGAAGUGGCAGCCCACCGCCGUCCCAUCUCCCGAUUUUCCUCCUCCGCCACCUGAAAGUAGCCUAGCCUUUCCUCCGCCGCCCUCCCCUGCUCCGGCGGUGGUGUCUCCCACGCCGGACAAGGCAGGGGGUUCCCCGGUCAAGAAGUCUACCAAGACCUCCAGCCCGGGAGGAAAGAAGCCCCCACCGACUCCCCAGCGGAACUCCAGCAUAAAAUCCAACAGCUCAGCGGAGUACCAUGAAUCAAAGAGACCGUCGGUGGAUAGCCUGGUCAGCAAAUUUGCACCUCCGCCAGAGCCUUUGGGGUCUCCUGUGAAGGAGACUCCGCUCCCCCCUGCAGCUCCCCCAAAGCCAGGAAAGCUCAACCUGCCUAUCGUACUUCAGCAAGCGGGAAUUUCCGCAAAGGCACCUGCCGCAGGCGCGCCCGGGAAGGGUACCGUGGAAGAGUUUCCUUCCCCUCCAUCGGAUUCGGACUUCCCCCCUCCGCCGCCUGAAAUCGAUCUCCCUAUGCCGCCCAUAGAGAUUCCCGCCGUGUUUUCGGGCAACACCUCUCCCAAAGUGGCCGUCGUCAACCCUCAGCCCCAGCCCCCGUGGUCCAAGCAGUCGGGGAAGAAAGCUCCUCCCCCCACCCGCCCCAAGCGCAACGACAGCACCCGGCUCACGCAGGCGGAAAUGGCCGAAGCCCAGGCCGCCGCAGCUCCGCAAGCGGCCGUGGCUCCGCAAGCGCCCACCUCGCCCAAGUCUGGCCUUAGCGUUCAGCCCGGGUUCCUGGCCGACCUGAACAGGACUCUGCAGCGCAAGUCCAUCACGCGGCACGGUUCCCUCUCCUCGGCCCGGAUAUCCAGGGCGGAGCCGACGGCCACCAUGGAUGACAUGGCUUUGCCCCCGCCCCCGCCGGAACUUCUCACGGAGAAGCAGAAGAGCAGCAACUUUGGAGGCAGCCACAUAUCGGGCUAUGCAACGUUACGGAGAGGUCCACCGCCGGCGCCCCCCAAGAGGGAUCAAAACACCAAACUCUCUCGAGACUGGUGAUAGUAAGUGGCCGCCAGUGAACUCUACGAAUGACAUGUCUGAUACACUUGUGAAACUCCUUGUCUUAAUAGCUGCGUGUGUGUGUGUGUGUGUGUGUACAUGCACGCACGCACGCACGCACACACAACACACACACGAACAGAAGCUAUGGGCGCCUGUUUCGGUUCACAAUCAGCCCAAAAGAUUUCUCUGUUUGCAGUUGGUUUAUUGGGGCAAGGGGCGGGCUAACUCUUUUGAGAUCCUCCUUACGGAUUGGACCAAAAUCUUUGAAACACUUCUUUUUCCUGCAAUUCAGGAAAACAUCUGUUGUCUGUCACGUGAGACAUGUUGGUGCAUGUAUUAUAAAUGUAGGUAUAUAAUAUAUUGUGAAGUAUUUUGUUGCAAUGAUAGAGGCUAACCAGAAUGUUUUUGUACAUCUGUAUUUAUUUGUUUCAGUCAACCGAUAUGUAUAUUACCGGAAAUUGGAUGGCACAUCUUAAAAGAAAUGCCCUUUUAAAAAUUGAAGAUAAUAGGAGGCACUUUAAUCAGAAAAAAAACCUAUUUUCCCCAGUCGGUGACGGGUAUAGGGUGCUGACAGAUUCUAUCAGCGUUCGUACAUUGUCAGUUGAUUGAAAACUCCGAAACAAUCUACCAAAACAUUCUGGUUGUAAUACUACUGAGAUUAAAUCCAUACAUAGGAAAGGGGAUGUGUUGUAUUGUGGGCCUGGAGUUAAAUAUAUUUGGACUUCAAAAUACAGACAUUCCCUUCUGGAACUGUUAAGGGGAAAGGAAAGGAUUUAUUUAAUCAAAACGCUUAAGAAGACACUGCCCUUUAUUACACCUUUGUGCACUUAGGUGUAAGCCCCAUGGAACACGGCGGAGACAUAUUUGUGACUAAAUAGGUGUAGGAUCCGGCUCCAAGGCUGCAAUCCUGUUCACACUUACCAGGGAGCAACUUGCAAUGAAUCAAGUGGGAUUUUCUCUGAAGGGAUCGUGCUUUUAAUUAGAAUAAAUACACACUCUUCUAAUCCAUGUUACUCAUUUUUAUUUAGAGAUCAGUUUGGCAUUUAAGCAGAAAUGGUGCGUCUGCAAGCUCAGUUCGGAAUCAUUCUGGGUGUGCCAGUUGUCAUGUGUGACCACCAAUUCGGCUCAGUUCGCGAGCUCCUUGCUCUGGUGCUACUCGGCAGGUUGCCAAGAUGCCAUCUUGCGUACGACCCAAGCGCACCUGCAUCUCUUAAGAUUAACGCUCAACGCGAACCCUCUCCCGACGUUCAAAACAUGUAUCUGUGGAGAGAAGUUGGCCACACCUCAGAUGUUGGAUGGCACAAGGUUCUGGGUUAUGGGCAGGGCUGCUGCGAGCAUGUUCAGCCAAGCGCACUUGCAAACCCGCUUCAACCUUGCUUCUUGGCGGGGGAAUGUGGAGAAAAUGGGGUUUGCUCACCCAAUUGGGCACCCUUCCCCGCCCCCAUAUACAUUCUGCAUGGCUGAAGAGGGGCACAUGCAAAUAUGACCCCCAUUUCCACAACAGCUGGGUGGGCAAGCAUUGCUUAAGUGGUUGAAAUGCUUCUUCACACACAGGUGACCCCAGGGGGCGGCAGAAUGGCUUGUUAAUGGACAAAGCAAAAGGGCGAUCAUAGCGCAAUUCCCUUUCGCCUGAUUUGGAGAUGGCAUGAGAGCUAAGUCUUGGCUCCCGUCAUCUGCGAUGCUCUAGUCGAGUCAAAAAACCUCUUCAUCCAGUGCAUUUUGGAAUUUAAUCAGAACUUUUACCAGGCGAGGAAGUUCUGAAGCAGCGGCCCAGCUCAUGCGUUAUGUUUACACCAGUCUGAAUUAUGGCUUAACAUGAAGGACCAGUGUGCUGGAGAGACCGUGCUUCGCUCUUCCUUUUGCUAGCACGCCAGCAAGCAACCAAACCAGGCGCUGGUUUGCUGUUGUGCGCAAGCCAGCUUUUACGGUUAGGAGAGAAGCGAAAAAUAGGAUGGUAGGCUUCUUCUUGGCUAAGCAGCUAGAUUUUUGUUGGCAGAGAAACGCACCAUGAGCUUGUUUUGUUGGUAGCAUGCUGAACAAAGGUGAGUUAGUGCUGUGCACUUUUGAGCCAGUGUACCAGCAGCGCAUUGCUCAUUCCGCUUAAACCAUUCAAGUGAUGCGCAGGCCCAGGCAGCAAGUAUUGCAUCUGCUGUGCGAUGCAAUGCAGAUUGUAAAACUUUCUUAUUAUUGGCUAUUACUGAAUUGCAUACGAGUGCAGUGCGUGUGUGUAAGGGGAAGCACAGCGAUAAUUUGCUCUGAACUUGUGUUUAAAGGGCUUGCCACCUUUUAAACCUGAAAAAUUAGCCCAUCGUAAGCUUGUCUUAGGUAUCAGAAGUUAGUUGCUUCUGGGGCUGAGGUGGUGGAGUUUGCCUUUGUUUUUUUUGAUUAAAAAAAAGACUGUCGUCUGCCUAAGCUCUGUUUGUAGAAAGGUAUCCAAAUUAGGGUAAUUUGGAAGGCUUAACAUUUCGCCCUAGAAAAAGCUGGAGAAAGUUAAGAGUCAUUUUUGCUUUUGGCCUAGAAGGAUCUCGAAUGCAGAAAGGAAUGGUGCUAUGUCAUCUGAUGCUGAAUCUGCUUGUUUUCCCUUCCCCAAAUGUGUCCUGGACACAGUUUUCCUAUUUUAGAAUAGUUUACUUGAGCAAUAAUAUACCAUUGUGUGCAUUUUUAAAGCACUGCUGUCGGGUGGCACUUUUUUUGGUAACUUUCAAAGUGUUCAGAGUUUCAUUUCUUCUAUUUUUGUGCUUAUAAAGUGUCCUUAACCAUUUACAUUGCGGCAUUUUAGCUUGUCUUACAACAAACGGUGGUUAUUUUUUUACUUACAAUGCAUUUGGUGCUCACCUUUAUUCUUUCCGUUGCUGCUCGGACCACUUGCUGGCCUAAAGGGGGGAAAACCCCACCUCACUUGGGAAGUGUGAGGAAUAUGCCAGAUUUGUUCCAUGUCUAGUAGCAACCUCAUAGCCAGGUACAUAAGCUUGCUAAGAAGAGAGUGUGGGAUUGCUUUGGGCAGCCAAGUCAGUUAAUUCACUCCCUGCCCCCUUUUGUUAAUUUAGAACCAAUGCCUUUGAAGUACUGUUAUGUCUCUUCCCAGCUUUAACGAAACGUCUUAAAUGCAAACAACUAACCAAGAUCCACACUGACAUUUUCAGAAUGUCAUGAAUUUUUGUGCCCUGGUAAAUUAAAGAAUGUGCCCCUCCCCACAAGUAAGCAACAGCAGGGGUAAGAAGGUACCAUUUUAGCUACCCAUUGGUGUCUUCGGAGAAACGGUAAUGUAGAACAUAUUUUCCAGAUGUGUUUAUAGGCAUCCGUCUGUCUCUGGAGACGAUGUAGGAGUGCACUUUUGGGGGUGAACUGUUGGAAGGUUACAGCACCUGUGGUGAGGCAUGUUUUGUUGCAGCUGGGGCAGAUGAAGGGGUCUGGUUGUGCUCCUGCAGAUGCACUGUUGCAUUUCAUCUCCCAGCUGUCAUUCCUCCUCGGGUCACUGCUAUGGAUGCAGCAUACGGAUGUUCUACCUUAAUGGUAUGUGCAGCUUACAGACAUGCUAAUACGGUAUGUGCAUCUUACAGUCAUUUAAUGCUGCAAUUCUACACACUUACCUCGAAUUAAGUCCCACGGAAUGCAGCAGGGCUUACUUCCGACAUUAUGUAGGAUUGCACUAUCUCCAUGGAUCUUUUUUCAAAAUCGUGCUCAUUCUGAGGUUAGCUAUGCCUGCUAAUUGUGUGGUGCUUCACCAUUUUGCCAGCAUCUCUAUCUGUUAACCGUGCUCUGGGAUUUUAAAUUGCCUACAGUGGAUGUGAGGGGUAAGUUACUGAAACAGAACAGGGCAACGCAGCUUAGGCCUCACACGAUCUCUUCAGUUUGUGAACAGAAAAGGGCAAAUUGCAUCUUUGCCCUGGAUGGUGUCCUAAUCUUAGCAGCGGCAACUGUUGUUUCUUCUUGAAUGUCUCCCUUCCUUAAUUUAUAAAGCUCUCUUAAGAUAGAGUGGGGAACCUAUGACCCUCCAGAUGUUAGGACUACAGGCUGCCUUAUCCCAGGCUAUUGGCCAUCUGUCAUGGAUGCUUGAGCUGAGAUUCCUGUUGGGUUACAUGACCCUUGGGGGGGGGGUCUCUUCCAACUACAAUUCUAUGAUGGGAGCCCCCCCCCCCCAUGAAAGGCCACAGGUUCCCCACUAUUGCUUCAGUCGUUCCCACGGAGUCUUAAAUUGAGUUUGCAGGUCUACUACAAUGCUCUGGGCUGCAAUUUUCUUUACAAAUCUCCUUGGAAGUCGGAUGUGGCAUGUGGACAUUCCUGAAAGUUUGGGAAGGGUUCAAAAACAAGACAGGAAUAUUCAGUGAGCACAACAUGGGCAGACAUGUAGAUGGAACUCAAAAAGACUUUUCUGAGCAACAUCAGCUGAAUUCAUGCCUAUUUAAACUUCAGUGAUGCAAAUGUUUUGUUUUUUUAUUUCUACUUGCAUUUCAUUUUCUUGUCUGCAUGGUUGAUUAGCAAAUUGCAAAUUUGAGAAGAGGUUAGCCACACUGCUUUUGACGACAACCGCUUGGCCUUAAACGCCUUUUAGUGUUUAAAGAUGUCGAUCCCGUUUCAUGUUUAAAAACCACUUACAAGUUAAAAGAGUACUGAGGUCAGAUCGGUUCAAAAUGCAUUUGGACAUUUUUAACAUAACCCUAAUUUCAUAACCCCAAGUGUAAAAAGUACAUGCUGCUGCUUCUUCUUACACAUAGUGAGGUACUUCUGUAGACCCUUUGGCCCGGACAAGAAAAGCAUCCUAUAUUUAUUUUUUAACGGUUACCUACUUGAAAAGGUAUUGCUUAAUCUCGAAAGCUGAGAAGGUUUGUAGGGCCAAAUCACACCUUAACUGGAGAAUUGGCAACUGUGCUUGUUCCUCUUUGCUAAACAGUUGAGUGCAGGAAAACCAACAUUAAGCUCACAUCUGCCCCAAGGCAGCAUUUCGGGGGGGGGGGGGGCGGAGGUUAGAGAAGGGAGGAGACGGAGAGGUCCUUGUUCCCACACUGGCAACCUAGCAAUUUUGUACUUUUUCUUCUGCUGAUUACAUGCUUCAUGUGUAGCUUGGCUUUUAGAUGUGCUGGAGCCAAUUUAGUCUUGAGUGUACCAUUAUGCCCACUCCCCCCCCCAAAAAAAACCAACCCCAUAACCAUAAAGUGAAUAUUUAAAGCACUGCGAUCAGUGGCAAUCUUGUUCAGUGUGUGUAAUGUACACAUCUGUAUGCUGCUUUACUUUGCCCCCUUCCCACCACUAAAGCAAAUUCAAAAUUCAGCUACACAUUGCAAACCUGUAUAUUUAUGACCUAUUGGGGGUGUAGAAUUUAUGAGCCCGACACUAUCAAUUGUCAACGCCCUUUUAGUAGAUCACAUCCUUGCCCAGCUGUGGCAAGAGAGAUGCUCUACAUGAUGGCUUUAAAUAUAUGCAAACUGCAAUACUGAACCAGCAAGAAGCUGGUACCAGUUGCUGCGAUGAUAUGGUUCGCCGCCUCGGGCUUGGCAGGGCAUCUUCGUACGGCCCUCAGCAACCAAUAUUUGGGGUUUUCUUUCUACCAAAGAGAUAACAGGACAGUCUGUGGUAGUUUUCUCAAAACGCCUAUCUACGUCCAACAGGUUCUGCUGGAAAUCUUUAUUACAGGGGCCAAUACAAAAAUGUUGGUAAACAUUGAACUCUCUGGACGAGAAUGUGCUUCGCUUUUUAGAGGGCCGGGGGGGGGGUAAAAAUCUGUGCUGCAGCAUCUUCGAUUUCUCACAAAGUAUGCAUUUGAAAAUGGGAUUGGGUCAUUUGUCUGCUUUUGCCUGCUUCACCUACUGUGCGAUUGUAAAUUGUGGGAAAUUGAGCUUUGUUUUGCAGGCUGGUAAGCAGUCGAUAGUGGUAAGGACUGGUAAGCAGUCCUUGAUUAUGCACCUGUUAAACACCAACAUUGCAGCAAUUAUGUUGUCUGUGCAGAUUUGUGCUAAGUGCUUAAAUACAUUCAUAUGUUUACUGCUUUACAUAAAAAAUUGCACAUUUUAUCUUUAGAGUGGGACUGCCUCCCCAUCUCCUUUCCCUUUAAGAAAGCAAAUCUCAUUGAAAGUGGUAAUUUACAGUCGAGAAGAGCUUUGUUCUAUAUAAAUAUUCUAUAAAUAUGUAUAAAUAUACUUUUUUUAAGCAUGGGAGAAAAAAAUAAAAAAAUGCAUUCAAUGACAAAGUACUCGGAAAUCAUUACAAUGGAAUAUGCACAAGUCAAUAAAGAUAUAGUUAAAUUUG